AUGAGCCAACUAGCCUCCUCCGUUAGCCGUUUGGAGUCUCAAGGUAAGUUCCCCUCCCAAACUAUUAUUAAUUCUAAACAAAACGUUAGUGCUAUUACCUUGUACAGUGAAAAAGAGCUACAACUCGAAAAUAGCACCAGGCGUGGGCACGCACAACAGGGCAAAACAGAGGAUGCAUUCGAAAUUCCUCCAAAAGAAAUUGAAAAACCCAACCAAGUCAGCGAGGACAAUUCCAAGGUGUUCAUGUCCAAACCCCCCUUCCCAGACAGAUUAUCCAAGUCCAAAGAGGAGGAAGAGGAAAAGGAGAUUCUUGAAACUUUACUCAAAGUUGAGAUAAAUAUUCCCCUACUUAAUGCAAUUAAACAAGUACCUCGCUAUGCAAAAUUUCUCAAGGAAUUGUGCACCAACAAAUCCAAAUUGAGAGAUAAUGAAAGGGUAAGUAUGGGAGAAAAUGUAUCUGCCAUUUUUCAACGAAAACUACCUCCUAAAUGCAAUGAUCCAGGUACGUUUUCUAUCCCUUGCAAAAUUGGAAAGAUUGGAAUAGAAAAAGCAAUGUGUGAUUUGGGUGCUUCUAUCAAUAUUAUGCCUCUUACCAUUUAUGAAUCUUUAAAUGUUGGCCCAUUGAAAAAAACGGGGGUUAUUCUUCAACUUGCUGAUCAUUCCGUAGUUUACCCCAAAGGAGUUCUUGAGGAUGUACUUGUGCAAGUUAAUGAAUUGGUUUUUCCUGUUGAUUUUUAUGUGCUUGAUAUAAGGGGGGAUAUUUCUCCUAAUUCUACAUCCAUCUUGCUAGGAAGACCAUUUCUUAAAACCUCAAAAACCAAAAUUGAUGUUGAUGCUGGAAUUCUCUCUAUGGAAUUUGAUAAUGAGGUUAUGAGUUUUAAAAUUGGUGGCGCCAUGAAAUAUUCUAAUGAUGUGCAUUCUAUUUUUCUCAUUGAUUUUAUUGACCCUUUGGUGCAAAAAAAUGUUGUGUUCGAUGGUGGAGGAGCAUUUAAGACAGCAAUUACCGAAAGUCUCACCUCGAAUCCAAAAACUUACAAGAAUAAAGUCUUUCACGACAAAAUAAGUUCGAGGAAGAAGUCAUACAUGGACCGCCAAGUUCUCCUAAAUCCACACCAUCACCGGGUGCAUUACAUAGAAGAAGUGGAUUUAGAGUGUCUAACUCAUUUGAGUUGA